AUGGACUUCAAAUUAAGACUUCGGAGAAGGAGAAGGAAUAAGGCGGUAUUCCAGGGCUUAGUUAAUACAAAGAAGAGUACUCCUUCGUAUUAUAUCACUGGGCUACCUCGGAAAUGGAUUAUGGAUGUCCGAGCAGCAGGAAAGAAGAGUAGAAGCAACAAGCCGGACAGGAGGCAGGCUAGUGUCGAUGUAGCUCCGCUACCCGGAUUCGAGGCUGCCUCUCAACUCGGCUACCCUACGCCUUUCGAGAAUCAUAUCGGUGUUGAAAGAGCAAGAAGUCGCCACCGACGUUCAAGAGAAAGGGUUUUCCUAGACCACCCGGCAGCAAGAAUCUCAGUUUACUUCCUAUGGCAUGUUGAAGACGUUGGGGGAAUCCUUCGCCCGAAAGGGUGGUGUUCACCUACUUCUUCGCCGCUCUCCUUGCAUCCGAGCUACAAUAAUAGUCGGACAGGAACAACAAACACAAGAGUUGGUACUAGGGCGGCCCCUUGCCACGAAGAAGAGUCACAACAAACAACCGUAGGAGCAAAGAGAAGAGGACGGCGUUCGGAAAGACAGGAAGAGUAG